AUGGAGCUAAAAUUAUUAUUUCUUCUGAUGGCACCAUUGAUAACUUUUUCCUCAUCAAGUUCCAUAUCGGAUAGUGUGUUAGAAUCUCAGACUUCGGUUACAGUUGCUGGAAGAAGCCUACUUUCUGCCAAAAAAGAAUGUGAAGUGAACUUCGAGUAUAUGAACUAUACGACCAUGACAAAACGGUGCAAAAGUCCAGCGUUUCCAGCGAAAGAAUGUUGCUCCGCGUUUAAAGAGUUUGCAUGUCCCUACGCCAUUCAAAUAAAUGACAUGAAUAGUGACUGUGCAAAGACAAUGUUCAGCUACAUGAACAUUUACGGAAACUAUCCUACUGGUCUUUUUGCUAACGAGUGCAAAGAAACAAAAAAUGGACUUAUUUGCCCUCCUCCACCUCUCAGUUCACCAAGCCUAAACUCCUCAACCGCUGCUUCGACCGCUACUCGAUUCAUCAUGCUGUUGAUCUCUGCUACGACCGCUGUUUUGGCAUUUAUUGUGUUGGCUUGA